AUGUCAAUCCACGCGGAUGCUAAACAGGGAAUUCUCGUUGGAAAUGUCCUUGACAGUUACAUCAAGAACAACCAAGAUAUCCUUGAGGAGCAGAACUCUGAGUCGGGUUUGACACCACUGGCGAUAGCCGUUACUGAAGGAUUCCCGGACGAAGUUGAAGAACUCCUUGGGAAAGGGGCCAAGGCUGAUGGCCUCUCUAGAGAUAAAGAGACCCCCCUUCUCCUCGCUGCAUGGAAGGCCAAAAAAGAACGGGCUCGACUCAUCCAGCUACUGCUGAAAAAGAUUUCUCCGAGCUCUGUUGAUUCGACCUGUGAUGUCGCGGGUUUGAAGACGCCAUUAAUGUUCGCAAUUGAAAACAAAGAUCUUGAAUCAAUCAGACUAUUGCGAAAAGCCAAAGCUUCCGUGGAUAUAAAAAAUAAAGAGGGAUUAACAGCAGAGCAGAUGGCCAGGUAUACAAAUAAUCCUGCCAUCUCUCUUGCACUUGACGUGAACGAAGAAAAAGCAGCCAUUGGAUUACUCGCUUCCAAGGUUGUUGAUUUAUUGCUCUACAUUGUGGAUUGGGUGAAAAAGACUGUGAAGGGGGCUCUCUUCAUGGUACCAAAAGCAAAUACGGAGUCAAACGAAGAUAUAGACAAAGUGAAGCCGACCCAAGAAGAAUUUGUGGAAAAUAUUGGCCAGUAUCUUGAGAACCGCCAACUCCUAGAACGUUUCUUCAAGGGGAAGAAAGACUUUAUCCAGAACUUUGCUAAGAAAGUUGCGAGCCUGGAGGAAAGUCCUGCCAACGAUCUCGGGGGUAAAGAGCUACUGCAAAAAAGGAUCCAAGUAUCCUUAUACCAGCAAGUCAUCUACUAUGAUAGCACCUCGAUGAAGCGCGAAGGGCGCUGGGAAAGCCAGAAAGAACUCAUCCAGCGCAUCACUCAGGUGACCACCUUGGUUCUCCCAGAGGGCGAGGGUGUUGCACUGCGCUUUAUUAAUAGAGACGUCGACAAUGCUACCAACCUGACUCUUGAGGGAAUUAGGGAUAUCCUGAAGCCCAUGACCUGGCAGCCUGGCGGCGACACCCCCAUUGGAACAAACCUACAGUCCAAGAUUCUCCAACCGCUAGUAUAUGAAAAGAUUAAGAACAGGACACUUGAGCGACCGCUACUGAUUAUUAUUAUUACUGAUGGCAUGCCAGAGCCUGAAGAUCCGUCUAUGCUUGUUAAUGCCAUUCUAGAAUGCGAACGGCAGCUACAGAAAAACGACUACCCUCCUCAAACUGUGAAAUUUAUGAUUGGUCAGAUAGGGACAGCAAAGUCUGCUACGAAAUUUCUAGAAUCCCUUAGAAAUAAUCAAGACCUUUCCCGAACAACAUUCGUCACUUCAGAGAGACUAGACGAAAAGUUCUCAGAGUAUAAGGCCAAUGAGAAGAAUGUUGAUCAAUGGUUGAUUGAAAUAUUAUUUUCGCCUUUCCAGAAUUACUAA